CUGAACCGUCGCCUGAACCGUCGCCUGAACCAAGACGCACCAACAGAGACUCAUGGGGUUAGGGGAGGCUUCAGCGAGAGGGACAGCCAUGGACGGAGACUGUCUGAGCUGUAUCAAAUACCUCAUGUUCGUCUUCAACUUCCUCAUCUUCCUGGGAGGCUCCUUCCUCCUGGGUGUUGGGGUGUGGGUGCUGGUGGAUCCUACAGGCUUCAGGGAGAUCAUUACAGCCAAUCCUCUGCUCUUCACUGGGGUCUAUAUCAUCCUGGCCAUGGGGGGAAUGCUCUUCCUCCUGGGAUUCCUGGGCUGCUGCGGUGCCAUCCGGGAGAACAAGUGUCUGCUACUCUUUUUCUUCAUGCUCAUCCUGGUUAUAUUUCUGGCAGAGUUGGCUGCAGCCAUCUUGGCCUUCAUAUUCCGGGAGCAUCUGACCAGAGAGUUCUUCACUAAGGAGCUGAAGAGACACUACAAGGGGUACAACAACACUGAUGUCUUCACCGGAACCUGGAACGCCAUCAUGAACAGCUUUGACUGCUGUGGAGUGAACAGCCCGGAGGACUUUGAGGAGAGCCUGUUCCGGUUGAUCAACCCCAGCGAGAUGGUCCCUGCAGCCUGCUGCAGGAGGGGCAGCCAAUCAGGAGACUCGGCAUACGUCAACCAGGACGAGUGUCUAAUGGGGAAGAUGCUCUUCCGAAACAACAAGGGUUGUUACUCUGCUGUGAUUGGCUACUUUGAGCUCUAUAUAUACGUGGCCGGAGCUCUGGCCAUCGUGGUGCUCACCAUUGAGCUGUUUGCCAUGGUGUUUGCCAUGUGUCUGUUCAGAGGGAUCCAGUAGGAUGCUGACAGAUGCCUGACUGCUGUCGCCGCGCGGAUGGGAGCUAGAAAAGGGAAAUCAGGAGGGGGGAAAAAAUGAAAAAUUAACACUUACAAAUGUGUUGUUCUUUUUGUAUCUGCAAAACAAUUUGGUUAGAAAACAAACAAACAAACAACAACAACAACCACAACAACUACAACAACAACAACAGCAACAACAACAACAACAACCACAACAACAGCAACAACAACAACAACCACAACAUCAACAACAACAGC